UCAUGUUAUAGAUAUAUAUACAUUUAUAUUUCGAGCAAUUUGGUUUCGAUCUAGAGAAAUCCUUUCCAUUUCAACUCAACGAUCUCUUUCACAAUAACAAUUUCACAUUACUCGUAUUGCUAAGCACCGUAUUAACAAGUCCCACAUACUACCUUAUCUAUGGUGCUAUUAGAUUAAGAAAGUAAUCCAUAUAAUUCGGCGAUAAGAUUGAAUGAGUUCAUUUUUUUUGUUACCGCUUUCAAAAUUGACAAUUUAGUUUGAAAUUCUGACUUGACGUUCAACUUUGAAUAAUUAUGGGUUCCAACAAGUUUUUACUGAGUUCGAUUUUUGCUGUGAUAUUUUUGGGAUGUGCCAGUUGCCAAAAGCAACAAGUCAAAGUUUCUGUUUAUUAUGAGAGCCUUUGUCCUGAUAGUAUAAAUUUUAUAGCUAAUGAGUUGUACCCCAACUAUGAGUUCUUCAAGGAUAGGAUUUUGUUGGAUUUGGUUCCUUACGGCAAAGCAACGCAAUCCCAGUCUCCUUCAGGUGAAUGGAGCUUCAGAUGUCAACAUGGUUCAGACGAAUGCAGAGGUAACAAGUACCAAGCGUGUGCCUUGAGCCAAAGGAAAGGACAGGACAAUGACGCUAAAUUGGUCAACUGCGCCAUGACUCUUCCAGACCCUUCAGACGCCGAUGGAAUCAAAACGUGUGCUGAACAAAAUGGCUACGACUGGAAGACCUUAACAUCUUGCUAUGAAGGAAGCAGAGGGGGUGACCUUCUUGCAGCUCUUGGAGAAAGGACACAUGAUUUAAGCCCAAAAUUGCGUUUCGUUCCAACUAUUAUCCUCAACGAUGAGUUCGAUCAAAGUAUCCAGAACCGAUGCCUGAAUGAUUUUUCUGGUGCUCUAUGUUCGAAGUUGUCAGAACCAAAACCAAAAGUUUGUGAGAGUUAGUGCUUAUGGAACAUCAAGAAAACUAGACUAGAUAUUCUCAAGUUUUUUUCAGAUUGGAGAUGGAUGCCGUUCAUGAGGUCUUCCGCUAGAAGUAAUACUCAUUCUGCUGUAUACACGUUGAUUUUUUUUUCAGUUCAAUUUCAGCUGUUGACUAGCAAAGUUUACUGACAAGUUACUAGGACUUGUUUUACAUAAUAGUGACUCAAUAAAUGAACAGUUU